AUGCUGCUCUUCGUAGACACUGCGUAUGGCUCAACGUUCUACAUCGAACUGAAUCUCAACGAUAAGGUGUUAGACAUCAAAAACAAGAUCGAGAACUCUCAAGGCAUCCCUGUCUCCAUGCAAACCCUUUACUACAACGGCGAGCCUCUUCUCCUAGACUAUCUUGAUCUUAACACAUAUAACAUCGUCGCAAACUCUCGCCUCUUUCUCGUCUUACCUCAUCAAGAAGACAACAACAACAGUCAAGUGCUGCUUCAGCCAACAGAUCAGCAAUCUCUAGCUCCAUCAACCUCGGUUCAAGAUUCGCUCGGAGAGUUUCAAGAUUGGUCUGCGACUGCGAGGAGUAUCUUCCGUCGUCAGAUGCUUGAUGAUCAACCUGAACAAUCUCCCGCACCGCCUGCGAUGGCGAGACAUGACGACAAGAAUCAAGAUUUGCUACAAAGUGAGCUACCAUCUCCGUCUGACAUAUUCGGAGAGGAUCUUCUUUUGCCAACAGAGCUUUUCAGUAACAUACAAAGUCACUUGCUUAAUAGUACAACCGACAAGAGCAUUGAUAACAGUAACGUGUUUAACAAGGAACAGUCUUCAAACACAUUUGGAUUCGCUGAGGAUCCUCCUUUGCCAACAGAGUUUUUCAGUAACAUUGGAAGUCAGUGGUCUACGAGUACAACCGCGAAGAGCAUCGAUAACAGUAACGUGUUUAACAAGGAACAGUCUUCAACAACAUUUGGAUUCCCUGAGGAUCCUCCUUUGCCAGAAGAAUUUUUCAGGAACAUUGGAAGUCACUCUGCAAGUACAACCGAGAAGAGCAUCGACAACAGUAACUUGUUUAACACGGAACAGUCUUCAACAACAUUUGGAGACUUAUUGUUCGAUGAGGAUCCUCCUUUGCCAGCAGAAGUUUUCAAUAACAUUGGAAGUCACUCUGCAAGUACAACCGAGAAGAGCAUGGACAACAGUAACGUGUCUCACACGGAACAGUCUACAUCAAACACAUUUGGAGACUUACUGUUCGAUGAGGAUUCUCUGGCAGCAGAAUUUUUCAGUAACAUUGGAAGUCACCGGCCUGCAAGUACAACCGAGAAGAAGAGCAUUGACAACAGUAACUUGUUUCACACGGAACAGUCUUCAACAACAUUUGAAGACUCGUUGUUCGGUGAGGAUCCUCUUUUCCCAGCUGAACACUUCGCUGACAUUGCAAGUUUCAUGCCUGAGAGUACAACAGAAGAUAUCUUCAUCAACAAGCAACCUCCAGCCGAGAAGUCUCCAAAGAUGAAAGAGGUCAUUAACGUUCCAGAUUCGCCUGCGAAAGUGAGGAGAUUCAGAAGGCAACCGCAGAGAAUGAGAGUAAUGAUAUUACCACAUUCUCCUGAUAAUGAACCUGUGAGUAAGGUUCCUGUUAGUGUGGUGGCUAAUGAGAACGUUGAGGAGCUGAGGAAAGAGCUGGAGAAGCUUCGAGAGAGGAAUGAGUUAAAGCUACCUGAGAAAGGGUACUUCUUUAUACACAAACAAGAAGUGUUGGACGAUGACAAGUCAUUCCUAUGGAACGGUGUAGCUCACGGUGACACUAUUGAGAUUUUUCCAGGAUAUGUUACUAAGGAGGGCCGUACAUUUGGUAUUUAA